AUGCAGAGGAUCCUAGACCGUCUUUCAAAGGACUCUGCUCAGCCGCAACGCAAAGACGACUGGUUAAGAGCAGCUGCAAUAGAGGACAUCUCAGAGCAACGCGCGGCCUGGAUGGCAGAUGUCCUUGUAGCUGCUGUAUCACCCCAAUACCCAGACAAACUCGUAUCAAGCGCGAGAUUGGCCAUCUUUGCCAUGAUGAGCACCGACCGCCAAAGACUGGUGGGAAGCAGAGUUCCGAUGCUGUUCCAGCUGCUUCGUCAAAUAGCGCUGAUCCUGCAAGGUGCAUUUGACACCAUGCAACCCGGCCCAUCGAACACCUUUACCACGAUGUCCCUUUUCACGUCCAUCUGUCAUUACAGAGGCAGCGACCUCAGGCUGAACAAAGCAGCGAACCAGUUUGUGUUGUUAACUUUUCAAAUUCCUAGUGCACUCGCCCGGAUAAUUCAGUGUGCGCUGGUGAUUCAAGAGGUUCCACCAUUUCGCGAACGUAUGCCUCACCACCCUGCUUCUGAUUUCAUGACCUCUGCAGAAAUUGCUAAUAAACUACCGAAGGACUUCAUAUGGGGAUUCGCUACUGCGAGUUUCCAGAUCGAAGGAUCUGCUAAUGUCGAUGGACGCGGGAAGUCAAUCUGUGACGACUUCUCCAAGCAACCUGGAAAGACAAUGGACGGCCGAGACGGAGAUGUGGCCACUGAUUCAUACAGGCUCUGGAAGGAGGAAAUUGCACUGCUUGCUCAGUAUGGCGUCAAGUCCUGCCGAUUUUCCUUAUCUUGGUCUCGUAUCAUCCUCCUCGGUGGCCGCAACGACCCCGUUAAUCCUAAGGGUAUAGCCUUGUACUCCAAUUUCAUCAAUGCACUGCUGGAACAUCACAUAAUCCCAUUUGUUGUUACUCUAUACCACUGGGACCUUCCCCAGGCCCUGCAUGGCAGAUAUGGCGGGUGGUCAAACAAGGACCAGAUAGUUCAGGACUAUGUCCGCUAUGCUAAGGCGAGUUGUCCUAUCACCGAAGGCGACUCCUCCACCGAACCGUGGAUAGUCGGCCACAGCGUCAUUUUAUCGCACGCAUAUGCAAUCAAGCUUUAUCGCGAGGAGUUCAAGGCCGUGCAGGGUGGCCAGAUCGGAAUCACGCUCAAUGGUGACUGGGCCAUGCCAUACAAUGAUAGCCCACACUGA